AUGAAUUCUUUAGUCGAAUUACAGGAUUAUUUAAAAUGUAAAGAUAAUUCUGUAAAGUUUUUCAAUCAUUCUGAGGUUCCUAUAGUCUGUCAAAGUGAGCCAUGUAUGUUGGGAGUAGAUGAAGCUGGUCGUGGACCAGUAUUAGGACCAAUGGUGUAUGGAAUAGCUUAUUGUCCCAUAAACCAAUCUAAAGUUUUAAAGUCCCUUGGAUGUGCAGAUUCUAAGGUUUUGACAGAAGAAAAACGGGAUGAGAUCCUGGUAAAUAUGUUAACUAAAGAUGAAGCAGUUCAGAACAUUGGCUGGGCAGCAGAAAUAAUAUCUCCUAAUUAUAUUUCAAAUUCAAUGUAUAGAAGAGCUAAACAUUCUUUAAAUGAGGUGUCAAUGAAUUCAGCUAUAGAUCUUAUAAAAAAGGUAAUUGAACUAGGUGCAAAUAUUCAAGAGGUCUAUGUGGAUACUGUAGGUCCACCUGAGAAAUAUCAAGCUAAGCUGUCUGAUAUCUUUCCAGGAAUUAAAAUUACUGUAGCCAAAAAGGCUGAUUCCAUAUAUCCGAUUGUAUCAGCAGCUAGUAUAGUGGCAAAAGUGACGAGAGACCAUGCAUUAAAAGUAUGGCAGUUUCGUGAAGGACUUGACUUAGAUUAUACACAGUUUGGCAGUGGAUAUCCUGGAGAUCCCCUAACAAAAAAGUUCAUACGAGAUCAAAUUGAUCCUGUAUUUGGGUAUCCAUUGUUAGUCAGAUUUAGCUGGUCGACAGCAGAAUUGAUGUUACAAGAAAAAGCUAUAACCUGUACUUUUGAAGAAAUAGACGAUCCAACAAAAAAAUCGCCUAAGUGUAAAGCAAUAAACACAUUUUUCGCCCCAAAGUUAGAAGGAGUUAAGAAAAGAAAGAAACACAAAUUUUUCGAUGAACGAUAUUUGACUAUAGGUAAUGCGUUUGAAUAA